CCGCCCUCGCGGGCUCGGCUUGCGGCGGAAUCUGCCGCGCAGCCGGGGCGCGCUGCCCCCUGCCGGGCGAGGAGAUGGGCGGCGGGGCGUCCUCGGCCCACGGCGGCGCCAAGACCAGGGGCGACGACAACAGCACCACCUGUGGCACGGACGCGGGGAGCAGUGGCAUCUGCCAGCAAUGGCUCAUGGCCACCAUCGAGAAGGAGAGGCAGGAAAAGGAGUGGCUGGCGCACAAGUACGACGAGAGGUGCACGGAGGUCCUCGCCCUCCAAGAGGAGGUUCGGGCGCUGCGGGCCAUCAAGGCGCGAGCGGCCCGCGCCGAGGCCCCGAGGCUCGCCUCCCCCCGGGAGGACGCCGCGCCCGCCGUGUCGCCCGGCCUGGCGCAGCGCCGCUCCCUGACGCUCAACGUGCAGACGGGGAAGCGCACCACCUCGGGGAAGCUGGUCCCGGAUCCCCCCGAUGACGUGGACGAGACGGACAAGGCCCCACCACAGCUGACCGUGCUGACCACGUCGACCACUGCAGAUGACGCAGAGGCUGAGGCCUUCGCGGCGACCGUGUCGCAAUCCUCGUACGACUUCCGAGGGCCGACCAAGGACGGCCAAGAUGUCGUCAAGACGAAGUCCCAGCUGCUGCGCAGGCGCACCGAGCACGGGGCGCCCGAGGCGGCGGCCGCCGCACCCGCCUCGCGGAGCAGCUCCGCCGACCGGGCCGACCUCGAGAUCACCGCGUCCGACAAGAUCUUCUCCAUGGUCGACAACCCCGAGGAGGAGCCCAUCUCGCCCAAGCGCACCUCCGGCGGACGGCGCAAACCCAACGGCUUCACCGAGGACCUGCGGGACGAAGAGCUGUGA